GGGGGCGGGGCUCCAGGGCAAGCACUUCACCCAGAGGAAGAGGGGCGUCCUUACAGUCGAACUGCCCCUCCCAUGGUCCGGCCCACUCCGGGGGGCACCUCAGCGGGAGUGCUGCGGGGACCCCGGAGGUUGAAAGCUAAGAAUGGGGAAGAGCUGCAAGGUGGUCGUGUGUGGCCAGGCAUCUGUGGGCAAAACUUCAAUCCUUGAGCAGCUCCUGUAUGGGAACCAUGUUGUGGGUUCUGAGAUGAUUGAGACCCAGGAAGACAUCUAUGUGGGCUCUAUUGAGACAGACCGAGGGGUGCGGGAGCAGGUGCGUUUCUAUGAUACUCGGGGUCUCCGGGACGGGGCCGAGCUGCCCAGGCACUGCUUCUCCUGCACUGAUGGCUACGUCCUGGUCUACAGCACUGACAGCCGAGAAUCAUUUCAGCGCGUCGAGCUGCUCAAGAAGGAGAUCGACAAGUCCAAGGACAAGAAGGAGGUCACCAUCGUGGUCCUUGGCAACAAGUGUGACCUUCAGGAGCAACGUCGUGUAGACCCUGAUGUGGCACAGCACUGGGCCAAGUCAGAGAAGGUGAAACUAUGGGAGGUGUCGGUGGCUGACCGCCGCUCCCUCCUGGAGCCUUUCAUCUACCUGGCCAGCAAGAUGACCCAGCCCCAGAGCAAGUCUGCCUUCCCCCUCAGCCGCAAGAACAAAGGCAGUGGUUCCUUGGAUGGCUGAAGAGCUACCCUUCUUUCUUCACUAUCCCAACCCCAUGCCAGGAUGGGUUGGGUCGAGGGUACAGGGAUGCAUAAGCAAGCUGUUCUUCCACUCAGUAAGGGAACAACCCUCUAGGCCAGGAAGCUGGGCUGGCCCAGGCCAAUGCCACUUUUGUCCCCUCCUAACUCCAAGUGAUACACGUGAACUUGAUUGCUGGCCCUCCCCUUAACCCUUUCAUGAUAGUCCCCACCCCCAGCUCACAUCACAUUUUCUCUACCAUUACCUGGACACAUAAUGUCCCUUCCAUCUGCCUGGGGCAGGUAGCAGGGCUGUCAUUCCAAAGUGCCCAGGCCAGGGUCAGGCUCCUAUCAGGGAUUCCAACUCUCUAAAUUUCCUGCCGGUAACACAGCACCAGCCUGGGCUUGAGAAAGUGACCAGGUAUUGUGAGCGCACAGUUGUAUGUGCUGCCUUAGGGUUGGGCCCUCUUCCCUUACCCUGAUCUUUCCCCUGGCUUGUCCAAAGCUGGGAAAAGCCAGGCUCCUGGGAGUGGCGUUUUCUGUCUGACCUCCACCCAUCUCCCAGCUGUUUCACUUCCUCUUCCUGCUCUAGGAUCUCAUUGGUUGAGGUGGAGCAGAAUGAUGACUGGGCUGUCAGUCACCCUGGGACCUAGCAAGGCCGGUCUUCUCUGGGCGUCAGUUUUCUCAUCUGUGAGGUGAUAGGAGCUUGGAUGAUCACUUGGGGCCUUGGCAUCUCUGUGAUUCUCUAAAGCCAGUGGCCUGGGCCUCCUGAGUCUCUGCUUCACCCUCUUCAAGGUGCUACACCUACCAGCCCUGGAGGCUGGACAAGCCUCUCCUUUAACCACCAGGGGGCAGGAGUGCACUCUGUGCUCAGUGGUGCAAGUGGCAUAGUCUGCGGACCUGCCCAUAGUGCUGUCCAUCCCUCCUGGUUGCUUUUGGUAGUAGCUGGACUUAUAUUUAUAUUCUCUCUCUGUAUUUAUAUGCCUGCUACCCUGGUGAAGGUGGGAUAAGCCGCUCCUCCAGCCCUUCCUUCUUACCUCAGAUGCCUGAACAGAACCAGGCAAAGCAGUAGCAGUUUCCUAGGAGCUGACAGGUCUUGCAGUCGGCGGGGCCUGUGCUAUCAAGUGAGCAUCUAACCCACAACUUCUGGUGCCCGCCCUGAGCUUCUGCUAUGCACACCUCACAUGAGUUAGACACUACAGCCAGGCCACCUUCAAUACCACCCCUUCUCCCCAGAAUCAGUGAGAAGGGGCUGGUGCCCAGGGCUGGGCAAGGAGAGUCAGGGCAUCUACAGGCUCAGGCUUGAAGUUCAUUUAUUAAUGUGUUGGACACAAUAAAACCACAACUGCUGUUAUCAAAAA